AUGGCAGAUUUGAAUUCAAAAAUCACUCUCAAACUUCUGAUCGAUGAUCGUAGCCACAAAGUUCUAUUCGGUGAGGCUGAUAAAGACUUCGUAGAUUUCAUGUUCAGCCUUCUUACUUUCCCACUAGGCUCUGUCAUCAAACUCCUCGCUCCUCCAACUAUGAUUGGAUCUAUUGGAAAAUUGUAUCAAAGCGUAGAAAAUCUUAACGAGAUUUACCUUGUGCCAAACAGAGACAAAUCCUCUUUACUUCAACCGAAAGUGUCCACUAAUGUUAAGAAUCAUUUACUUCUCGACACAGAAGCCAUUGCAGAACUCAAAUACUAUAUUUGUAAUCAUUGCAAUAGAAAAGUCACUACUGUAAAAAGCACCGUGUGCCCAAACUGCAAGCAGGUGAUGGUCACCGAAGCUGCCUUCGUGGUUCCAUCGGGUUCAACUUCUUCAGCUACUGGAGCUGAAACUGGAGGGGAGAUUAAUGCUGGAGGCUUUGUGAAGGGAGUAAUCACUUACAUGAUUACAGAUGAUUUGGAAGUGACGCCUAUGUCUGCAAUCUCCAGCAUCACUCUUAUGAAUCGCUUCAGCAUGAAAAAUGAUGUUCAACUAAUGGAGAAGGUGGUCACCGUCGGCAUGAAAGAGGGGCUUGCUUUGCUCAAGGCUUCGUUAGACUCACCAACUGCUUUGACUGAUGUCUUCUGUUCACCUAAUAAGAAGAAG